AUGGAUGCGGACAUAAAUCAACUAUCAGACAGCUACCAAAGUUUUAAUGUUCAAACAGAAGACGAAAAGCUCGUUACACAAUUUGAAGAAUUAGCUUCUUCAAAUACCCAAACCUCUUCAAAGCGAGCUACACAUCGAACAUUUGGAGUUAUGUUACCUACUUCAACAAAAGCAGAUAAGAAACUCAACUUUGAAACGCAUCGUGAUGAUUCGAAAAAUACACAACAUUCUUUGAUAUUUGCUGAACGAGAAAUUAAAAAAGAAAAAUCUAAUGAAGAAGGUGAAGGAUGGGGCGAUUUAGCUGAAACUACAAUUUCCGAGCACCACCAGUUUGGAUUUACUUCAUUAUUGUCAUCUGAACAUCUUGGCCUUGGAAAUGUGAGAAUUUAUCCUGAUCAAUAUUCUAAAAGAAAUUGGUACAAUCUGAGUAGCCCUGGUGAUUCAAGUGGUCUGGAUGACGAAACGACAUUGUUCCAAAGAGAAGAUAAUGAAGGAGAUAAAAUAAAAAGUGAUUUCGGAUUUGCUAAAUAUGCAAGAGAACAAAAACAUUUUGGGCAGGAUCUUUCUUUGAUGAAUCAAAAAAGUCAUUGA